AUGUGGUGUACGGAGUUUAUUCGACCGAAUCGGAUGAUCAUUGCUGACAUUCUCCGUGGAGAUAGUAUGCUACGGUUACGAUUGCUGAUAGUGCCGGUAUUGUCGGAGAACGGAGAUUUCAUCGUAGCACUCUUGAUGCCGCUGCAGCAGUCAAAGUUGCAGCCGGAACAGCCAAAAGCGAUGAGAGUUUCCAGUAAUCAAAGUUGCGGGGGACAGAACCACUCUAUACGUCACAGAUCAGCCGAGUACGACAUCCGCUUCAGAGUGCGAUUGGCAGGGGUGCGAAAGACAAGAAUGCCGUUCAAACUCCGAGAUUCUCUUGGCCGCCGUUGGUUGUUGGCUGUUGCUUUCAAGGUCCUAGACGGGCGGCAGCGGAUGGCCACACACGGGAACGGGAGUUUCUUCGGCCGAGACAAAUCGAACCACGGCCCUCUCAGGCUCCUCAGCUUCACCGAGUGGAUCUCGCCAGGCGCCGGUGGUCCGGAAACCGGCGGAAGUGAUUCCGGAAGAAGGACCCACUCUUCCAAUGUGCCGCAAGUCCGCAAGGCCAAAACGCCACCAACCCUGGUCGGUGCACUGAUCGCCGGUUGUGCGAGAGACUGA